AUGCCACUCAGGUUGCUUCGACGGCAUGUUUUGGUGCUUUUCGGCUGGUUGAUACGGCUCGACCUGUGCAGUGAGGAGGAUUCAGAAGAAGCUUACUGGAACGCUUCGCUGCUGAAAGGUGCCAGGUACGGUUUCCGAGGCGAUAUCAGAUGCUAUCAUCCUCAUGAUGUUCUGAUGAUGACAAUGGGCGAGGGCACAACUGCAGGCGAGAGCGCAAGUACAGGUGAGAAGAUGCUAAAGCGGAAGAGCUGGCUGCUUCGGGAUGUUUGCUGUUCGCAGGGCCGGACUGGCCCCUGCUGGAGCGGUCCGUUCACCUUCCAGCGCUGCUGUACGACGAAUGACCACGGUCCACCAGGAGCAUGGGACUUCACACAAGAGUCUCAGUGCUGGCCAUCUUACACCAUAAUGCAGACAUGCUGCCGUCUCCGUCUACCGCAGCUUUGCGCUUCAGUCGCGUGGCCUCGAAAUGGAGAGGAGCACAUGGAAAGAUGCUGCAGCGAGGAGGGCGCAAAGCGGGCGAGUGGCGGGCACGAGCUCAGGCAGGAGCCCUGGCUGAAGGGCUGUCACAGGAGGCUCUACGCUGAGGAAGCGAUCUUGCAGUUCCAGGGCCAGUGUCGAGCUCCGCGGCUGCGCCCCGACCAGCUUGGUGCCUUGGUAGCCUACUACCACCGCACUGGGGAUGUGCUGCCCAACAUGGUGGAAAUCCAAGAAGGCCUUCUGUCGCGAAAAGUGGAUGGGCUGGAGAUGUGCGCUCCCUCGAUGAUGCUGGCUCGGCUGUUGGAGGUGGAGAGAGACAGCAUCUCGCUUCCCCCCAUAGAGACGAGGUCAGCCUUGACGAACCUGAGCAUCUUUUGGGAAAGACUAGAGAAAGGCUUCGGCGUCCAUGCUCCGAUCAACUCUCAGCUGGGAGAAGGCCAUGAAGAGGUGCCCGUGGCCGCAGGCAGUGAUUGGCUGAAUGUCACAAGAAGCAGCAUCAGGAACAGCUUCACGCGAAUCGCUUCCCAGGCGAAAGAGCUGGAGUCCCUAGCUGACCACAGGGAGAAGCACGGCUUCAAGGUGAACGUGGUGCUGCCGGUCUGCGCCGAUAAGGAUGAUACGCACCUCGACGAAUUGGAGCGUGUGGUGCUGCAGGAGACCCGGCCUUUGAACGAGGUGCUGGAUCUCUACAUCUACGAUGUCUGCUUUGGUUUCUGCGAAUCGGCUGCGUAUGGCCUGGAGAACGAGGUGGAGCUGGAGCUGGACCUCCAGAGCGGCACGGAGCGACCAGGCUCUCCAUACGCCCUGCGUGACUUGCCUCCUCCCCUGCUGCGGGUGGCGCGGUAUUUCAGGCGAGCCUUUGUGGUGCCAUUCUUCGAGGAGAUGGCCACUGGCGAGGUCGCUCCGAACUUGCACCAUGUGGCACGGCACUACGACGAUCUUCCAGACUUUAUGAUGAUUCUCCACCCGGAUGGCUACGAGCACAUCCCGAUCUUGUCCUUCGUGGCGUUGCUCAACUCCCUGGCGCUGAGGCUCUUUCCUGAUGUGAGCUUUUUGCAUCUGGGCCGCCGGUUCAAUGGGCCAGUCGACGCGUCAGGGCGUGUCGGCAGUGAGAUCCAGAGCUAUUGCCGGAUGCGUGCUCCCAGUAGCAAGGGCUCGGCGGGCCGGCGCUCUGUCUUCCGAGGGGAUUCCUUCCUCGAGCGAUACACGAUGCGAACACCCUCAGGUCGCUACUGUCAGUGGGUCGAAGUCGCCUGGGAGCUCCUCUUCGACCGCCCUCCACGGCUUCCCGAGGACGACUACGGUGGCUACGACUUUGCGCAGUACAUCGCGAGCCGCAGAGCCGCUGAGAGCAGGCCGAAGGCCUUUUGGCAAAACGCUUGGCGCUCUCUCUGCAGUGCCAGCAACUACCAAUUGCUGCUUGGAACCAAGUUUAUUUCUUGGAAGGAGAUCACUGACUCAGAAGGACAGCGCAGGCUCUUUGGGUUUCACAAGGGCCUGACAACGGCCUUCGAGCAUUUGUAUCACGUGAUCUUCAACCCGGGAGCCAAGACCUGGCGGUGGCCAACCCGACCCCGCAAUCCGUCGCUUCCGCUGGGCCUGAAGCUCACGAAGGGCGGUCUCGGCGUGGGCAACCUGAAACAGCUCCGGGCAUACCGCUGGGCGCCACAUGAGCCACUCUAG